UUCCCCAGUCGCAGAGCGCGAGUUCAGCGAGUGUUCCAUGCCAGGUCCCUCCGAUGCCGGCUUCCUCGCUGCCGCUGGCUGCUCGUCAGCUCCCCUUCCCCUGAACUGCGUCCCGAUGGCGGCCCGCCCCGCCCCGACACGGAGGAGCCUGCGCGUUUGGGCCCGAGGUGGCUGGCUGCGCGGUUUCCCCCGGCCCAGCCUUUCCCCGGAGAGACACGAUCCGCUUUUUUCCCCUCCAGAGUUGGCCUGUCCGCCUUCUGUGCCCGCGUCUAAGGUUCGUGAUAUUGCAAUAUCCGAAGACAGUGCCUGAAGCCAGGGGACACCAGCCAUGCUCCAGCCCACUUGGCCUCAGGAGCCGGUGACCUUUGAGGAUGUGGCUGUGCACUUCACCCAGAGUCAGUGGGCUGGCCUGGAGCCUGCGAAGAGGGCCCUGUACAAGGAGGUGAUGCUGGAGAACUAUGCACACGUGGCUUCCCUGGUUGCCUUUCCAUUCCCGAAACCGCGUCUGAUCUCUCAGCUGGAGAGGGAGGAAGCACCAUGGGGCCCGGAUCCCUGGGAAACAGAGGCUUCGAGGGGCAUCUGUCCAGGUGGUGAGCCCUGGAUCCAGAGUGAAGAGGCGGCUGUAAAGCAGGAACCUUCUGGCGACACAGAGUUGUCCAGAACGCCGGGAACAAGACCCCUCGGCAGUGCAUCUCAGCACCUUGAUUUUGAAGGCCAGGCAACAAAGCAAACUUUCAGCCCAAAUCCAAACCUAGUACUAAGAGGUGGGAUGAAGUUCUACGAAUGUAAAGAAUGUGGGAAAAUCUUCAGAUACAACUCAAAGCUUAUUCGACAUCAGAUGAGCCAUACAGGGGAAAAGCCUUUCAAGUGUAAACAAUGUGGCAAAGCCUUCAAGUCCAGCUAUGACUGUAUUGUGCACGAGAAAAAUCACAUUGGAAAGGGGCCUUACGAAUGUAAGGUGUGCGGCAGAGGUUUGAGUUCCAACACCGCCUUGACUCAGCACGAAAGGAUCCACACAGGAGAGAAGCCCUACAAAUGUAAGGAGUGUGGGAGAGCCUUCCGCAGGAACGCCGCCUAUCUUCAGCAUCAGAGAUUGCACACGGGGGAGAAAAUAUAUAAAUGUAAGGACUGCUGGAAAGCUUUUGGGUGUCGAUCACUUUUUAUCGUCCAUCAGAGAAUUCACACCGGGGAGAAACCUUACCAGUGUAAGGAGUGCGGCAAAGCAUUUACUCAGAAAAUAGCCUCCGUUCAGCAUCAAAGAGUGCACACCGGGGAGAGGCCUUAUGAGUGUAAGGUGUGUGGGAAAACCUUCAAAUGGUACGGAAGCUUUGUGCAGCAUCAGAAAAUGCACCCUCUGGAGAAGAAGCCUGUCAAGGCGCGUGGGCCAUCCCUGAUCAGUCCCCGGUACCCUCCUCUGACCUUCACUCCUGUUCCUCUGCAGAGUUCAUGUGCUGCUCCAGCUGUGGCCGUGCCUUCGCUGACCUUUCCACCUGCUCUGCUCAUUCCCAACUCAGGGCCUCUGCUCAUGCUGCUGCCCACCUCCGGAACUCCUUUGCCACCCAUCCAAGUUGUUCGUGUCUUCCAGGGUCUUCCUCCUACUGUGAAACCGUCCCCUGUUAUUCUGGCCCCUGGGUCUCACCACUCAUGAACUUGACCAGGGCUUUUUCUGUGGCCCCUCGGCCCAGCAGGUCUCCAACUGUGUGUGGGUUUCCUUUGUUUUGGUGUUGGUUUUUGUUUUCAAUCCCUCUGUUUGUUGCUUGAGCAUAAACACCCUUGCAGUCUGUGUGCAUAUAAAGACUAUUUAUAUGAUCGAGUCACUCUGUUGGUAGAAAGUGAAUAUACUUGCCAUUUGUAUGUGUACCUUUUCAGUUUGAGCAUCAGUGGCUGUGUCUCCGUGUGGGAACGUGAGUGUUAGACGUGCUGAGAGGACACGUGGCGGUGGGGGUGACGUGCCAUUGAGUCGGUUCUGCCCACAGCGACCCUGUGCACAACAAAGUGAAACUGCCUGGUCUUGCGCCCUCCUCCCAUUGUUUGCGUGCCUGAGCCCUUCGUAACAGCCCUGGUGUCGGUCCCUCUGGUUGAGGACCUUUCUCCCUUGUUGCCCCUCCCCUUUACCUAGCACAGUGUCCUCCAGGGAAUGCUCUCUCUUGACAGGAUGUUUAAAGUAUGUAAGACAAAGCCUUGAUUCCUAGUUCUGCCUUACUUCUUCAAAGACAGAUUGGUUUAUUCUUUUUAGCAGUCCAUGGUACUUUCAAUAUUCUUGUCCAGCAGCACGAUUCAAAUGCGUGAAUUCUUCUUCAGUCUUUGUUCUUCAGUGUCCAGUCUUCACAUACAUCUGAGGCGAUUGAAAAUACUGUGGCUUGGGGGAGCUGCACCUUAAUCCUCGUGACAUCCAUGCUUUUCAGUCCUCUCAGGAGGUCUUGUGCAGAAGGUUUACCUAACCGCAAUGUGAAUUGUCGUUUGAUCCCUUGACUGUUGCUGCUUCCAAAAUCCUUGACAGCUUCGUCUUUCCUCUAUCCGUCGUGGUGUUACCUCCGUCCAGUUGAGGAUUUGGUCUUCUUUGCGUUGAGUCACACUCCACACUGAAGGUUGCGGUCUUUGAUCUUCAUCAGCAAGUGCUUCUAGUCCUCCUCACUUUUCAUUGGAAGAACACAUUAGGUGUUGAGAAAUUUUGCCAAAGAGGGCAUCCCUGUAUUGGGUCACUAUGAUGAGAAGCAGCCUGGGAGAAAUAGGAGGUGUCAUUUGGACCUGUGGGAGUAAAGAGUUGACCUGCUAACAAUGGAUUUUAGAAAUAACUGCAGGUGGGUUAGUGAGCCAAUGGUUAGGUGUGUAUUAGAACAGUUGAACUUGUGUUGCCCUUGGCAGGGAUCACUGAGGAUUCCAUGCAUCUAUGCAAUUUUAACCAGUUAAUUUAUCCACAUCCAUAUAGACGAGGGGGUAACCAAACCAAAACAAAAAAACCUGGAGUUGUGCUGGGUGGAGCAGAGAUUUCAUAGUACACAUUUUUCC